AUGUCCCUUCGGCCAGACAACCAAUCGAGGCGGUCCCGGUCCAAAUCGCCAGGCCGUCGCGCUCGCGAACGUUCACACAGUAACGCGCGCGAACCACAGCUAUACGGCGCAGCUGACACAGCAGCUGCAGCCCCGCAGUAUGAAUUCAGGCAACCAAAUCAUCAGCAAUAUGCGACUCAACCUGUCGAGCCCAUUACCAUGGGCAACUACAGCGACCUCGCGCCAAACGAGCGGCCAGGAUAUGCUCCGCAGCCAUCGUAUGCCCAUCCCGUGAUUACAGGCUACACGCAGACAAGCGCCCCUCAAUAUCCCCCGAGCACACCGAAGUAUACCUACAGCUCGCAACCAGCGCAGAGUGGGCCGGCGCGCACCCCAAGUCAAUCCAAGAACGGCAGCGUCCAGUAUGCGACUGCGCCGACAAACAUCACCUAUACUGCAAAGCCCGUUGACGCCAGUACCAAUGGCCAGCCGCCCGCCGUGAGACAUACGCCCCAGCCCGCGACUGCUUCACACUCAUAUGCGUCGCAUCCGCAGCAGCAGCCCCAGUACACUUCCCUGCCGCAUGCCCCGCCGCCCCCUCAGACGGUCCAGCCCGUAUACCCGGCGGCGCCGCCACCGCCCAUGAGGGACCGUUCCCCACAUCCAGAGCAUCAGCGCGCAUCCUCGUACUCGGGAACACCUUCGACUACCCACGAUGGUCGAAAGGUGGUUGAGAUGGUCCCAGGAGGAGGUGUGGGGGGAGGACGGAUGAAUGCGCCUCCAUCGCCCGGUCUGCAUCCAGACGGUAGGCAUAUGGGCAACGGCAGACCGGAGAACUUGCGCAUGGACAGGCUGUCGGUCAGUGGGAACAGACCCGACAUUCAGACCAUUGUGCCUGGAGGCUAUCCUGGCGGGGUGCUGCCGCCUCCCAGUCCUUUACUGGAGGCCUAUCAUGGCACCUACCAGUCGAUUAGUCCUAUGCCAAACGCCAUGUUCAUCGACGACGAUAUCGAUCAUCUUUCCUCUCUAGACGACUAUCCUCCGCGAUACCCAGAUCCGCCUCGAAGCAGCCACGGUCGCCACCGCUCCCGCUCCAACGUGCGCCGAUCUCCAAGCCCACUACGCCAGUCUUCGCGCCAAAAAGACAGACUAGCCCUCGAAGCCUACGGCGGUGGUGGUGGUGGUGGUGGUGGCAGACUGGCCCCCGAAAAGGAAAAACGCCGCGUGAAAAUCUACGACGCAGAAGACGACGCAAAAGACCUCGUCGAAGCGCUCGCAGCCCGCAUCCCCGAUGCCGACCCGAUCAUCGAGAUCCUGCCGACGCUCUCGCACGACCAAAUACUCGAACUGCGCGCAGAAUACAAACGGCACUGCAAAGUCCAAGGCCGGGGCAUCAACAUUGCCAAACACAUCAAACUCAAGACGAGCGGCAACUUUGGCAAAAUCGCCUACGUGACGGCGCUGGGCAAGUUCGAGGCCGAGGGCUACUGGGCAAACUACUGGUACCAGUCCAACUCGGCAAAGCGCGAGCUCCUCAUCGAAUCCCUCAUGGGCCGCCCAAACCACGAGAUGCGCGCGAUCAAGGACGCGUUUCGCGACAAGCGCUAUGCGGAUUCGCUGACGCGCUGCAUGGACAAGGAGCUCAAGGCCGACAAGUUUCGCAAGGCCGUGCUCUUGGCCCUCGAGGCCGACCGGCAGGAGGAAAGCGAGGUGUGGCCGCUCGAGGACAGGAUGCGCGACGUCGAUGCGUUGUAUAGAGCCAUUCGGGCCAGGGAGGGCGGCGAGAGCGCAAUGUUGGGGAUUGUGGUCAUGAGGAGCGACGCCCAUCUGCGCGAGGUGUUGCGGGCGUAUGAGCGCAAGUAUCAGGGGAAUUUCGCGAGGGAUGCGUUGAGGAAGAGUAAUAAUCUUGUUGGCGAAGUAAUAGCCCACAUCCUCAACGGCGUCAUCAACCGUCCCGCCCGCGACGCCAUGCUCCUCCACCACGCCCUCAUGGACCUCAUCGAACCCACCACCUCUCCCCGCUCCUCAUCCACACGACAAGCCACCGCCGCCGCCCCUGCAACCAGCAAGCACGAGCGCCAGCAGCGCUUCGAACUGCUCAUCUCGCGCCUCGUGCGCCUGCAUUGGGAUCGCUUGCAUCUUAUGCGUGUCAAGGCCGAGUACGAGGACAGGUAUGGGAGGCUGGUUGAGGAGGAUUUGGAGGAGGCGACGAAGGGGGAUUUUAGGGAGUUUUGUAUUCAGCUUUGUCAGACGGGGCGGUAG